AAUGGAGGAAAGUGCCAAUAAAACUAAGAAAUACAUUUGAUGAAAAGGGCAAAGAAAUCCCAAGUUCCCCGUAGAACUGUUGAAAUGUGAAAACAAAGAAAGAAUGGAAUCUUAGCCCCGUAAUCUAAGAUAAGAAAGAGAUUUCUUGGAGAAAAGCUCACCAAGCAAAGCAUUAUAAAUCGGAGGAAAAUCAAAGCCUUUUUUCCUCUAUCCAACAUUCUUUGAGUUUCUACCCAAUCCCAAAUUCCCACCUUUGCCAACUACAAGAAAUCGAGUUUACUAUAGCAAAACCUUUGUUGUUUAUACCAGAAAAAACCCACCAAGAAAGGAAAGAAAGAAAUGCAAGAGAAUAACCAUAACCACCAUAACUGCAGGCUGUUACCCAAACGCAUAAUCCUGGUCCGGCAUGGUGAAUCCGAAGGCAACUUAGACACCUCGGCCUACUCGACAACCCCAGACCACAAGAUCUCCUUAACCGAACAAGGCCGUGUCCAAGCCCGCCAGGCAGGUUCCCAUCUCCGGGACCUCAUCUCCGGCCACGGGUCUUGCUCUGAUUGGCGGGUCUACUUCUACGUCUCUCCUUACGAGCGCACCCUAUCCACGCUACGGGAGAUCGGGAAAUCGUUUUCCAAGAAAAGGGUGAUUGGGGUAAGGGAAGAGUGUAGGAUUAGAGAACAGGACUUUGGGAAUUUUCAGGUGGAGGAAAGGAUGAAAGUUAUAAAGGAGACGAGGGAAAAGUUUGGAAGGUUCUUUUAUAGGUUCCCUGAAGGUGAAUCUGCUGCUGAUGUUUUUGAUCGUGUUUCCAGUUUUCUUGAAUCUCUCUGGAGAGACAUAGACUUGAACAGGCUUCACAAUGAUCCUUCUCAAGACUUGAAUCUCAUAAUAAUCUCACACGGGCUAGCCUCACGGGUGUUUCUGAUGAAGUGGUUCAAGUGGACGGUUAAGCAAUUCGAGCUCUUGAAUAAUCUAGGAAAUUGUGAGAUUCGAGUUAUGGAAUUGGGACACAGUGGAGAAUAUAGCUUAGCAAUCCAUCACACCGAUGAAGAGUUGCUAGAAUGGGGACUCUCCCCAGAAAUGAUCAAAGACCAGAAAUGGCGAAUCCACUCCGACAAGGCUAGUUGGAAUGAUCAUUGUAGCUACUAUCUGAACUCAUUUUUUGACCACCAAUUAGACUCAGAUGAAGAUGUCACAAAAGUUGAUAUCGACUCAGAUGAUGAUAGCAGAAAAAUUGAUGUAGAUACUGAUUCUUUGAAUUCAAAAGUUCUGUGAUAUAAUAAUAUUCUA